UCGGAGGGCAGGACACCAGACCGCCGCCAUAAACAGGCUGUGAAUUAAAGGGACGUUGCCCGUUUAAAACUGAUACUUGUGUUGAAAAACGCUUGCUUCCUGCGCGAGAGAUGGUUCCGAAAGACAAGUCAUUUGUUCCCAACUUAUCUGAAAGCGGUUGAGUGCGACUACUUUCCUUCUUUCUCCUGCGUGAUCAGUCUCCCUUAUCGCUCUGUCGCUCGCGACAGACAGACGACAUGCUUAUUCUCAAAUGCUGGUCUCCAGAGGAGCUCUGCAGAGGCAUGGGGAUCUGCAACAUGGAGCGCUCUAUGAGAUUUCGGUUACUUGGUCUGGAGAAUUCUUGGUAGCAAAGAAGAACUAAACCAAAGCAUCGUUAUGUCUACUGCUACCCAGGAAGAUAUUUGCAAUCAUGUAAGAGUGGUGGUCCGUGUCCGUCCAGAGAAUCAAAAAGAAAAAGAUGGCAACUUUAGCAAAGUGCUUCAUGUUGUAGACAAGCACAUACUGGUCUUUGAUCCAAAAGAAGAGGAAGUUAGUUUCUUUCACAAGAAGAAAGUAGGAUAUAGAGAUAUUAACAAGAAGAAAAACAAGGAUCUCAAAUUUGUAUUUGAUGCUGUUUUUGAUGAAAAUUCAUCUCAAUCAGAAGUUUUUGAACACACUACCAAAACUGUGCUUGAUGGCUUUUUAAAUGGAUACAACUGUACAGUGCUUGCAUAUGGCGCAACAGGAGCAGGAAAGACGUACACAAUGCUGGGCUCACCUAAAGAACCCGGAGUCAUGUAUCUAACCAUGAUGGACCUUUACAAUUGCAUGGAUCAAAUAAAAGAAGAUAAAUUGUGUACUGUUGCAGUUUCAUACCUAGAGGUCUACAAUGAACAGAUCCGUGACCUGCUAGUAAAUUCAGGACCAUUGGCUGUCCGUGAAGAUACCCAGAAAGGAGUAGUAGUUCAAGGAUUAACAUUGCAUCAGCCUAAAUGUGCAGAGGAGAUCCUUCAGAUGCUGGAUUAUGGAAACAAAAAUAGAACACAGCACCCCACUGAUGUGAAUGCCUCCUCUUCUCGGUCUCAUGCUGUCUUUCAGAUUUAUUUAAGGCAGCAAGAUAAAACUGCAAGUAUCAGUCAAAAUGUUCGUAUUGCCAAAAUGUCCCUCAUUGACCUGGCAGGGUCUGAACGUGCCAGUGUCACAAAUUCCAAAGGAGCUCGUUUUAGAGAAGGUACCAACAUUAAUCGCUCACUGCUAGCUCUUGGAAAUGUCAUUAAUGCCUUGGCGGAUCCAAAGAGCAAGAAACAACAUAUUCCUUAUCGUAACAGCAAGCUGACUCGUUUAUUGAAAGAUUCUCUUGGAGGGAAUUGUCGGACUAUAAUGAUAGCUGCUGUUAGUCCUUCUUCAAUGUUCUAUGAUGACACUUACAACACUCUUAAGUAUGCAAACCGAGCAAAAGAUAUUAAAUCUUCUUUGAAAAGCAAUGUUGUUAGCUUGGACAGUCAUAUAAGUCAAUAUGUUAAGAUUUGCAAUGAACAAAAGAAAGAGAUCAUAAUGCUGAAAGAGAAACUGAGAGCAUAUGAAGAAGAAAAAGCAGCCAUUUCAGAAAAUUGUGGUACAAAUGUUCUUUCAAACCAGCAGCAAGCAGGUAUACAAAGUAGAUUCCAAGAAAUUCUAAAAAGUUUGUUUAUAAACCGGGAGGAAAUCAGAAAGGAAUACCUCAAGCUAGAAAUGCGACUUAAAGAGAAUAUUUUGAAAACGUAUUACCAGAAACAAUUCCAUGAACAAAUUGAGUUGGUGUGCUCUCAAGACAGAGUAGAAAAGGCCACUUGUAAACGGGAUCAUAGACUCGCAAUGCUUGAAACUCGUCGUUUGCAUGUACAGAAGAAGAGAGAAGACGAGAUGAAACGCUUUGAGGAGAAUACGAGCUGGCUGCAUCGUGUGGAAAAUGAAAUGCGCCUCUUGGGUCAUGAUGGCCAUAUUCCACAGAUGCUCCGUAAAGAUCUUCACUGCUGCCAUUUAAAGCUCGAGGCCAAGGAUCUGAAAAUGCAGAUUGAGCAUAUGAUGUCACUAGUAUCACUUCAAGAGCAGCAACAUAAGCAAACAGAAAAAGUACUAAAUACUUUGCUUCCAGUUCUAAGAAAACAGUAUUUCACCUUGAAAGAAGCCGGGAUGGCAAAUGGUAUUAUAGAGGCUAAUUACAAGGAGAUUGAACAGCUAAUUCAGAGACCAAAAAUGGUAGUUUGGGCUGACCAAUCUGUUGAAGAGGAACCAAAACAAAAUGAUCAGCCAGAGAUGUCUGUUAUCCUGGCUUUUCCACAACUUGCAAGCCAUCCAAAUACUCCUUGCCGUACACCUUCAGGAGUACCUUCAGAAGAAGUCAAGAAAAAUGUACAACAUGUAAACGAAUGUGCAGUCCCUCCACAAAAAAGAACAAGGCGGAAGCUAAUGAAUUCUCCAGUGAUAGCACAAAGUCCUGAAGCUUUCAAACAGUCUAGCCUUAAUCGCCUGGAGGAUUCCCUCAGCAAGGAUGUCCGUCCUAUUGUGUAUACACCAGAAGUUGGUAGAAAAUCUAUUCCAAUCUUUUGUACACAGACUGUGGUAAAGCAACCAUUACAAGUGGCAAGCCUUCCCGAAGUGAAUAGCUGUAAUGCAGAUAUUCAUUUCCCUUUGAAAAAAGAGUGUGGCAUGGACGUCACAUAUAACGUGAUACCACAGUAUGAACAGAUAGACAUGAAUUCAACAGUGACUCUGUACGAAGGUACAAGUAACACAAAUGAUCCUUGUGCUGACUUGUCUGAAAAGGAGUCACACCUGUGCAGCAGCAGCAGUGUUUUACAAAGACUUGGUCUUCCUUCAUUGCUGAAUAGAAAUCCUGGUCCAAUACACGAGCAGCCAUCAUAUAUGGCAAUGACUUCUGCUGCUGAGAGGAAAAGGAAGUUAUUAAGUUCUGGGACAAAUACUGAAUUAAGUUGCCUGCAAAAUCCUGUGUCUGCAAAGCGUAUUCGACAAGAUACCUUGUUAAGUCAGAAAACUUUACGAGUGCCCAAACCAGUAGGACUUGGAACAAGGAGCCGGAAACAAGAAUCAGAUAUGCAGAGAAAUCUUGCUAGAAGCCUUUCUGAAGGAAAUGUAACAUUGAGUAUGAAAUCAAGGACCUCAAAAAACCUUUUAAUUUGUGUUUCUAAGAAAAAGUAAGUUGUAGGUUUGAGGAUUCAUCCUAAUUUCAGACAAGAUUGAAAGCAUGCAAGUAAAAGAUGGACUUUGAUUUUUCCUGCUGCAGGAAAGUCUGAGGAUAAGUCCGAGACUUAUCAAACCAUGUCCGUCACUGUACUACGCAAUUCUAGAAUGAUCAUUCACCUUUCCAGUGAGGAUUUCAUUAAAAUAUAUUUUUGCAUUCUAUCUUCCAAUAAACACAUACAGACUUCUACUACUGUGUUUUAGCAAGAGAAUAGAAAUGAGUCAUUGUGGGGAGACAGUGAUGUUUCUCUAACUCUUGCACACAUAUUAAUAAAUUAAUACUUUGCAGUACUCUAACUCGUCAGGAGCCAAUGUUGUCAUCUUUUUAAAGAAAUCCUUUUUUUAUGUCACUUACAAAUUCUUAUUCUUUAUUAUGAUACACCAAAUGUUUAGGUAAUUAGAACAUUGAGAUUAUUGCUUUUAUGCUUUUCACUGAAAUUUUCUACUAUUAAACUUACAAGUAAAUGAAAUAGUCCCUUAUGUUAAUACAUUCAUACUUUAAGCAUUAGGAUGUCAAUUUGUUCUAAAAUAUUAAUGUGCUAACACAGGGUGCUAGCACCAACGUGGUACCAGGAAAUAGGAAAAAUGUAUAAUAGGUUUUGUUUUUUUUUAAAUGGUAGCUAUAAUAUUUUGAGCUCAGACUUUUAAUCUGACAGUUUUUAAUUUGUUGCUUAACCUAAUUGCUUGAACAACAUAAAGGUAAAUGCUCCUUUGUAUUUUGAUGUUUUAUAGUUUUUCAAAGCUCUAAUUUUGUUGUAAAUGCGUCAAUUUCGGUAAUUGUUCUGAAUAAAGUUUUUAUAGCUAUAAACAAAAGGAAGAAAUGUCAUGUGAAUUUAAAGUUUAGAAAAAAAUGAAUUUUGCUGUGGCUACCUCUUCUAAACUAAAGAUUAUCUUAAUGAACAUUUGUUUUCCUGGUAGUGUGUUAAUAAUUUUAGACUAUGCUGGCCAUUUUGUCAUAUGCCUUAAUCACGUUAGCAAGAAUUAUUUAAUCUAGGAUCAUGACCUUGUAUGUCUCUGCAAACAUAACAUUAGGCAAGCGGUGACCCAGUCCUUUUGGUAUGACCUAUUGACAUCAAUAGUGAAGUUCUGCUUUUGAUUGAGGGACUCUGGGAUUUAUCCUGUGGUCUCUGACACAGAGAGCUUCCAUUCCAAGAAACCAAGAAGCAUAUGUAGGGGGGAAAGGGAGAAGAUGACUAUCAAACACUUUUAUAAAUGUCUACAUUUUUUUAUAUAUAUUUUAAGCAAGUAAACAUAAUCUUUCCCCAACUGCCCCUCACAAUGUCAUAGUAUGUGGAUUGAUUUAUUAUAGUCAUGCAGAAAUGCAUCCUUGGAAGGGAUUUUGAAAAAAGGGAACAAUGUCAACUUUCAUGGUUUAGUUCAGGGAAGUAUGUUCGUAAAAGGAUGAAACAAAGUUUUAGAGGUCGGUAUUGCUGGUGCAAGCAGGAUUCAUAAAAGAUGAGGAAGAGAGUUCGGAAGAAGCUUGAAGUUUAAGGGUUGAAGUUUGAACUGGAUGUGAUGGACAAAAGUAACAUGAAGAAGCAGAAGAAUUCAAAAUGGGAUGUGGGUCGAUACAUCAGUAUCUUCAUUCAUCAUUCUGAUUGCUAGUAGCAUAUUAGAGAAAGGUAAUGUGGGUGUCGGGGGACAGAAGCUGAUGCAAUCUGCAAUGUCCCAAGGAGAAGGAAAAUCAAAGAUUGAAGAUGGUAUAUGACCCUUUACCAAUGCUAAGCCAGAUGAUGCUGGAGACCUAUGCAAGAGCUCUUUUGGAAAGAUUGGAAGGAAGCAAAAGCCUAGUUGAGAAGCAGGAGGACUAUAAGGAGAGGAGUUGCACGCAAUAUUUGCAAAUGACUAAUUCUGAAGAUUUGAAGUGAAGAGAAGCAGAGAGCUGGAACAGUAGAUGGAUAUGGACCAUAAGAGUCCCAUGAGUCCAUGAUGACAGAUUUGGCCAACAUACCAAGUAUGGACAAAAUCAUUUGUUUUGAAAAAAUUCACUUAUUUUUUAUAGGUGGAUCCAACAAUGUGCCAUUUAAUAAAACUAUCAUUUUUAUAAUAAUCUAAAAGAGAGUCUAAUUUAUGAACAUGUUGGAUACUUAAAAUUGAAUCUGUUGUCUUCUCUCUCAUUUUUUCAUAUAGUAUCUGUCAUGAGAAUUCAAAUACCACAAGCAAACCUAACAACACAAAUGACUCUUCUAAAAUCUUUACUUUUCUCAUUUUACAAAGAUGCAUUCAGAUUUUACAAUACUAUGCUGUUCACUCCAGCUUUAGCAUGCCAAAAUAGAAAAUAUGAUCUUCAUAAUUCAGAAUAAAUAUGGAAAGAGGGCUUGGUGUUGACUUUUGGUUAAAUAACAUUAAAUCUCUGUAUGAACCCCCACUCAUUCAGAAUUAAAGUGGUCUUAAUACAAUUUAUCUUAAUUUACUUGUCCCAACUUGGUAUCAUCCUCAAACUUUAAGUGUAUUUUUAUGCCAUUAUCUAAAUUAUUGAAGAUGUGGAACAGAAUCAAACCUAGGACUGAUCCCUGCAGGAUUCCACUGCAUGUUGUUCCAGCUUGCCUGGAAACGAUUUUCCAACCAGUUAUGUAUCCAUUAUAUAGUAGCUGUAUCUUGCUUGUAUUUCCCCAAUUUGUUUAUGAGAAGGUGAUGAGAGAUAAUGACUUUAGCAAGGCUUUUGAUAAGUUAAACCACAUCUAUUAUUUUCCCCACAUCCACAAAGCUUUGCUACCCUGUCAGAGAAAGCUAUUAGAUUGGUUUGAUACACUUUGUACUUGACAAAUCCAUUUUGACUAUUACUUAUCACUUUAUUUUCUAGGUGUUUGCAAAUUAAUUAUUUUAUUUGCUUCAUUAUCUUUCCAUAUUCUGAAAGAUAAUGGAGCAAAUAACUACAUUAAGUCCUGGCAUUACAAGUCAGACAGGCGGGCGGGAGGGGUAGGUCUCCUACCCGCCAAGUCAGCUGUGACUCCAACAGUGUGAAAAUGGGCCACUAACCUUCAUGCAGAGCCGGGAGAAGCUCCAAAAGUGAGGAAAACACUGACCACUCUACUGUGGAUAAAUUUUAUGGAACCAUGUAGAAUAAAGAAGAGAGACCUGUGAGGCCACAAAUUUCCCCAAAUCUUAAAGCAUAUUCUGAGUCUCCAGAGAGAGAGAGAGCAACACGGUGUCUAAUCAGCCUUAGAAUCCCUAGGGAAGGCAAGCUACAAAAGGCCUCACCAAAGCUACAGCAGAGCUACGUACCCAACGAUGGCCAUGCUCAGUGGAGCUGACAGACACUGGCAAGCCUGAGGAAGGCGUGGGGAGGACCCUGCUCCACUCCUCCAGAAGACGCAGGGCCAGGGGGUGGCCAGCCCUCAGCUCCUCCCAAAUCGCUGGGCCCUGCUCAAUUGCCCCCUUUGCACUCUCCUGUCGGCAGGUCUGGGCAUGCUCUAAAUAUUAAGAUCCAAUCUCUAAGGAAAAGGAUGGGGACCUAAACGUGGUACUAGACUAAGUGCAGUCAUGGGCAUUCUUCAUCGAGUAGUG